CUGGUUGGAUGUUCUACCUUGGAAACCACUGAGUAGUUUGAUGGUACAAUGCUUUACAUCAAGAACCUCUUGCUUUGCUACAACACAGAAAAUUCAUAGAUUUGAUUGUUGGGCUUUAGAAAGAAAGUGGGAAACUGUAGGAGUGCUCUUUGAGCCCAGAUGAGGGCUGCCUCGGAAUACCGAUGGAAAGUGGCCCAAAUAGAAAUGGCUGGACUGGACGAAGGGCAAGAAAGAGACACCAGAAGAGGGUUUGGCGAAAGAAUCACAAAGAAGAGCCAAGAGGAGAUGCUCCAUUGGGAAGUCCAAUGCCAGUGCUUCCGGCAGUUCCGCUACCAGGAAGACAAAGGACCCCGAGAGGUUUUCAACCAACUCCGUCAUCUUUGCCACCAAUGGUUGAAACCACAGCAAUACUCCAAGGCGGAGAUGCUGGACCUGGUGAUCCUGGAGCAGUUCCUGGCCGUCCUUCCUGCCGAGAUGGAGCGCUGGGUGAGGGAAUGUGGGGCAGAGACCAGCUCCCAGGCCGUGGCCUUGGCUGAAGGCUUCCUCCUGAGUCGGACACAAGAGGAGAAGGAGCGGCAGGAAGAAGAAGAGGAACUAUUAGUGGAAGGGACUACUGGUUUCUCUCCGGUGGCGGCACUUUCAAGAGGCAUCAGACAGAAACCCUUGUUCCGGUGUAUCGUGGAGGAGUCAGUCCAAGCAGAUACAUUGCUGUAUGACAGAAUGAGACCGUUGAUCCAUUCCCAGCUGUCUCUUCGUGGCGGCACGGAAUCGGUGACGGCGCAGUCUGACGAGGGCCCAGUGACCUUUGAGGACAUAGCUUUGUAUUUCACUGAUGAGGAGUGGGCUCUUCUUGACCCAGGCCAAAGGGCCCUGCAUGUGGAAGUGAUGGAGGAGAACUGUGCAAACCUGGCCUCACUGGACGAUGGCAAGGAUGAGGAAGAAGUCCGAGUCCUGGUGGAAAGAGCCACAUGUGUAGAAGAACAACAACAGAACAAGGAGACUGAGGAGGAAGAGAAAAGGGAUGAUGGAUGGCCUCGUUCUCAGGGUGGCGGCGAUAUCUGUGAAAUCCCAGUCCGAGAAACACCAGAGACUGGGAAGGACAGCUUUGAGUGCCUGUUGUGUUGUGGAAGUUUUGACAGCAAGUCGGACCUGAAGGCUCACGUGAAGCUGCACAAGGAGGAGAGGCCCUUUCAGUGCGCAGACUGUGAGAAAAGCUUCUCUCAGAGGAAAGGCCUCAUUAGGCACCAGCGCAUCCACACAGGGGAGAAGCCCUACGCCUGCUUGGCGUGUGGGAAGACCUUCCGCCAGAGCGCGGCUCUCAUCACACAUCAGCGCAUCCACACCGGGGAGAAGCCGUACACAUGCCUGGAGUGUGGGAAGAGCUUCUGCCAGAAGACCACGCUGGUUCGCCACCAGAGGAUCCACACGGGGGAGAAACCCUACGCUUGCGCAGACUGUGGAAAGAGCUUUAGCCACAGGUCUCAGCUGACAUCCCACAUCCGGGUCCACACCGGGGAGAAGCCGUACACGUGUUUGGAGUGCGGCAAGAGCUUCAGCCAGAAUACCAACCUUACUCUGCACCAGAGGACCCACACGGGAGAGAAGCCGUUCCGGUGUCUUGACUGCGGGAGGAGCUUCAGCCACAGUUCGACCCUCAUGGCGCACCAGAGGACUCACACAGGAGAGAAGCCCUUCACGUGCGUGGCGUGCGGGCAGAGCUUUGCCCAGAAUGCGAGCCUCAUUUUCCACCAAAGGACCCACACCGGGGAAAAGCCGUACGCUUGCUCCGAAUGCGGAAAGAGCUUUAGCACUAGCACAAGCCUCACCUCGCACCGGAGGAUCCACACAGGGGAGAAACCAUACGUUUGCUCCGAAUGCGGGAAGAGCUUCUGCACAAGCACAAACCUUGUGACGCACCAGAGGAUCCACACAGGGGAGAAACCAUUCCAGUGCUCUGAGUGCGGGGAAAACUUCCGCAAGAAGGCGCACCUCCUUCGGCAUCACAUGACGCACACCGGCGAGAAGCCGUACAACUGCUUGGACUGCGGGAAGAGCUUCAGCGAGAAGAGGAACCUCAUUUCCCACCAGAGGAUCCACUCGGCGUAUUGGAACGGGGAUCCUCAGAGCAGUCAUUGGGUUCCCACAUCUCUAAACUUUGAGGGUCUCCCUCUUCCCCAGGAAUCUGGGCCUUUCCACAACUCCCUGACUAGCAACUCUGACCAAGUAGAAAGUCUAGAGUGUUUUACUCUAUUUCUAAACCAUUAGAGGGCAGGGUUGUUUUAGGUUUUUCGGGCUAUAUGGCCAUGUUCUAGAAGCAUUUUCUCCUGACGUUUCACCUGCAUCUAUGGCAAGCAUCCUCAGAGGUUGUGAGGUUGAAGGCACUGCAGACUACUUCAACCAGAGAAGUCAGCCAUACCAGAGCAUCUGAUGAACCAACCUAGAUACAGCAUAUUGAUUGAGAACACAGAAAUGUUUGACCGCUCCAACAACCACCAUGUCAGGCUUCACAGAGAAGCCAUUGAAAUCCACAAGAAUGUGGACAAUUUCAACAGAAAGGAGGAAACCAUGAAAAUAAACAAAAUCUGGCUGCCAGUAUUAAAAAAACUCUAAAAUUAUAAUAGCAAAACAAUACUCAAACACAGGGAAACUCCACAGAGGAAAUAAUCAGGGACAGAUAAUCACCUCUCAACAAAAGAUUCCCCGAGGCACCGACAAGACACACCAAAAAACUGCCAAGCCAUCAAAUACUACUCAAGGUGGCCAAUGGAAACAUUCACACCUACCUCCAACAGACAAGAGUUCUUUCUCCCACCCUGGACAUCAUUCCACAGAUAUAUAAACCCAAUUUUCCUAGCUCCAACAGACCUCACAACCUCUGAGGAUGCCUGCCAUAGAUGUAGGCGAAACGUCAGGAGAGAAUGCUUCUGGAACAUGGCCAUAUAGCCCGAAAAACCUGCAACAAUCCAGUGAUUCCAGCCAUGAAAACCUUCAACAAUGCAUUAGAGGCAAUUUGUCAAACCUUCCUUGGUUACAGUUAAAAGAAGCAGAGAAGGGGAAAAAAUCAACAAUAAACUUUAUGA